UCCGCCUUACCCAGCGUGGAUUGGUUAUUCGUCCCUUCUGCCUCGCGGUGAUUGGCUGGCAUCGCUGCCAUUCCAUUUCAGCUUAGUGGCGCGCGGCGGGGCGCUUCCCGGCGGGAGCGGCGGCGGCGGAAGUAGCGGCGGGCGAGCUUGGUGCCCCGCCGACACCAUGCUUCCCCUGUCGCUGCUGAAGACAGCCCAGAACCACCCCAUGUUGGUGGAGCUGAAAAAUGGGGAGACGUACAACGGGCACCUGGUGAGCUGUGACAACUGGAUGAACAUCAACCUGCGGGAAGUGAUCUGCACGUCCAGGGACGGGGACAAGUUCUGGCGGAUGCCCGAGUGUUAUAUCAGGGGCAGCACCAUCAAGUACCUGCGGAUCCCGGACGAGAUCAUCGACAUGGUGAAGGAGGAGGUGGUGGCCAAGGGCCGCGGGCGCGGCGGCCUGCAGCAGCAGAAGCAGCAGAAGGGGCGCGGCCUGGGGGGCACCGGGCGAGGUGUGUUCGGCGGCCGGGGCCGCGGCAGCAUUGCAGGCACUGGCCGAGGGCAGCCCGAGAAGAAGCCAGGCCGGCAGGCGGGCAAGCAGUGAGCCUGGCCAUGGCCCCUCGGGCGCGUGUGUGCGGGCUGGGCCGGGGUGCGUGCUGCGGCCCACCAUUCUGGGGGUGUCGCAGUGGACUCUGGCAUGCCCUGGGUUUGAGGUGGGCCCUCAGGCUGGAUCCAGGGCCCUGGGGCUACCCGCAGCUCAGUGAGACGUGGACCCAGAAUCACCUCUUUCAGGCGCGUGGGGGAAUGUGUUUCCCGAAGCUUCCUGGGAUGUAGCUGGUCCCCAGCCCCCCACAGCCUCUCUGUGCUGUUAAGAGAAAUAAACCCUCAGCCCUGA